GUCUGUCCCCACCACAAUCUUCUCAAUAUUGUUGAUUAAUAGUGCUUCUAACGUUCCAUUACGCAUUGCCAUAGCUAGAAGAAUACAAGAGAAAGCUGCAAGUUCAAAUUUUGCUAAACAAAUCCAUCUAGAAUGGUCUUUGCAUGACCAUGAUCCCGAGGCCACCCUUGUGUUGAAAAACAUAUUUGAUGAGGUUUCCAAGAUUUCGCCACACCUGUGACAAAUCAGAUCAAUAGGAACAUUCUUUGAAUCAACAGACAUGUGGGAGAGAAUCUGAAUCCUAACACGUGUAAUUCAUUGCCAUUUUAAAAGUACACAUAGAUGCAUACGAUCUGAAAGAAGAAGAAAAAGUGCAUCCAACCCUAAUUGCACUUGAAUGAUGGAAAUGGAUAUAUAAGUAAGUACAUUUUGACGAGUGUGGAUCAGGAUCAUCAGGUUCUUCUACGAGAAUUAUUCUCGUACAAUCUGAUCCGCAUAUAUAGAAUUCACCAUAUGAUUUUUUUUUUGAUGAAUUUCAUUUAUAUAGAUGAGUCCCGUACGUAUAACCUGAUCCACUCUCAAUUUUUACAAGUCCGGAUUAGCUUCUCGUACAAGGAGCAAAACUUUUCCAUGGAGCACCCUUGAGAAACGGUUGCGAAGAAGAGGCGGGGCUCCAUUGUUGAGUUUUGAUGGCUUGAGGUGGAAGGAAUAGAGAGGGAGAGAAGGAGAGGAGGAGCGGAGGAGAGGAGAGUUGGAGAGGAGUGGAGGAGCGGCCAUGGAACCAAAACUAACACAACCGAUGGAUAGAUAUGAUCCAAACUGUUAAACAUCAGUGUUUUGUGUUUCUUUCACCAUUGUCGAGCCUAACCCACCCCACCCUUCAAGGAGGAAAAGGAAACCCACUCCACUCGACUCCCUACUUCGACCAGUUCCUUCUUUAAUUACAUCCAUUGAUCGAUAUCUCAUAUUUCCUUGCAUCUCUCUCUCUAACCUCUCUCUCUCUAACAUCCAUAAUAUCCUUUAUUUUAGGUCUUUGCCUUUAUUUUAGGUCUUUGUUCUCCUCUUUCCUUUUAUGUUUUCUUCUCCUUCGUCAAAUUAUCCUAAAAAUUGUCAAUUCUCUCUCUUCUGUCUCCUGUUUUUGUCUGUCAUUGCCUGUUCUUCCAACAAAGCUAUCUUUUCUUAGAUUUAAAAACCUGAAUAUGGGUCGUGUUAAACUCCAGAUUAAGAGAAUAGAAAACAACACCAAUCGACAGGUUACUUUCUCCAAGCGUAGGAAUGGACUCAUUAAAAAAGCUUAUGAGCUCUCUAUCCUUUGUGACAUUGAUAUUGCUCUCAUCAUGUUCUCUCCCUCCGGUCGCCUUAGUCAUUUCUCCGGCAAAAAGAGGAUUGAAGAUGUGCUUACCAGAUACAUAAAUCUCCCUGACCAUGACACAGGAGGGACAGUUCAAAAACGAGAGGAUUUGAUCAGGACCUUAAAGAAACUCAAGAGUGAAAACGAUGUGGCUCUCCAACUAGCCAAUCCUGGGGCUGUUAACUCUAACGUGGAGGAACUCCAACAAGAAAUUAGUAGAUUCCAACAACAACUUCAAAUGGCUGAGGAACAAUUAAGGAUUUUUGAGCCGGACCCACUAAAGCUCACAUCAAUGGGAGAACUUGAAUCAUCUGAGAGGCAGCUUAUGGAUGCAUUGUCACGUGUUACACAAAGAAAGAGAUAUCUGCUAGGUAACCACCUAUCGUCUUAUGAUCAAUCCAAUAUCCAGAUGUAUUUGGAUUCUCAAGAGGGGAUGCCCACAUCAUUUGAGAAUGAGGUUGUAGGUUGGUUGCCUGAGAAUGCACACCAACCUAACCAAAUUUUCCUGGGAUCUGACUCUUUGGUUCCUUUAAGGGAUCAGUCAUCCUCAAUAUAUGACACAUUGUCUCACGGAACAAGCUUAAAUGUGGACCCACGAGGCAUGGGAGAUUGCAAUGUCAGCAGUGCAAGCGAUGGGACUCUUCCAUCUUGGCCCCAGGGUUACACAUCCAGUGAUCUUCUCUCUGCUCUCAUGCCACCUUCUUACCCUCUACUUCAGGGAAUGGCGGGCCCAGAUAUGCAAUCAAUAAUGCCACGUGAGCAGGUGGAGAACCCACCGAGUUGUUCACAUGUACAAGCAACUCAAGAGGGUGGUGCUAGUUAUGAGUUAUGAGAUCAACGUCUCCCACAGCUUAAGGUUGAAUCUAAUUAAGCUUUAGUUUGCCGUUGCCGGAGAAGAAGAGCUUUGGUAGCAGUACUGUAGCUCAGGGAUGGAUCAGUGGCUCUGCGCUAUGAUGCACCUAGGACUGAGGAGGAGAAUGAAACCAAGUGAAAAGCCCAUAUAGUUGGAUAUAGAAUAUUAAUUUACGCCCCCUUUGAAUUGGGACACAUUUUGAUAAUAGAAUCACGAAACAGCUCAUUUACUGUAAUGUCCUUAAUUAAAUUAAAAACUUGAAGAGAAAAAUAUUGUCCAUAUCAUCCUUUUGGCAUACAGAAAGUAACCCUUGGCGAACAACAGUUGCCUAGCACAGUUGGUUAGGAAGUGCUUGUCGAAGCAGUCUUCCGUACGAUUGACACGCCGUUGUUCAAGUCCCCCACCCCUUU